CUUUUUAGAGUUGUGAACUAAUUACUUGAAGUAAACACGUGACAAAAGUGAACGAGUUGAUGUAAUAGUGCAAUUUAUUUAUGAAAUGAUGAUUAUUUGAAUCUAUUGAAUAAUUCGUUUCAAGUGUAUCGGAUUUUAGCAGAAAGAAAAGUAAAUCGUUCGUGUAAAACAAUUUAACAUUUAUUUGAGAUUUAUUUUUAAUGAUGGAUAUAGAAGAGAAGGCUACAAAGUAUGGUGUGUCUUCGACUUUAUUGCAUGAUUGGAAUAAAGAGCAGAUUGAAUUAAAGAAAAAAAUUAUUUUAUCUGAUUCUGAAGAAUGGCAGAAAUCUAAAGAUGCAAUCGAAAGUGAAGAAAACUGUACCAAAGCUACUCUUCAAUAUGUAGCAGGUGUUGAUAUUUCAUACAGAAAAGAUCAUGAACAAGAAGCUUGUACUGCCUGUGUUGUAUGCAGUCUACCAGAUUUAGAAGUAAGCAAAUACAGUAAAACCUCUUUAAGCCAACCACCUCCAAAAUUUAGAAAAACUGGCCAUCUCAAGGAGUGGUCUUAUCAAAGGGAAUGAUGAAUAUUGAUAGAGUAUUAGAGUAUACUAUAUACAGAGAAUGUUUAUGGUACUACAUAGUAUAUACAGUAUUCUAGUAUAGCACUACACAAGCUACUCUGUAGACAAUAUAACAAAACCUGUUUAAAAAAUAAAUACAUUGCAUGUAAUUCUGCAUUCUGUAAAUGAAAAUAUAACGUGCACAGUCUUAAAUGAUUGAUUUAAAAUAAAUAAACACUUGCUUUCUCUGUUUUAACUUUUUUAAUAAGAUAAUGUCUUCACAUUUCUUUUCUAUUUUGUGAAAUAGAUCCCUUUUUCAGGUCAAACAAAUUCUAAAAAUUGCCCAAAUCCCACCAAAUUUGUCAUCUAGUACCAUUUUAUUUCUCUAUUAAUGGAAAGAAUAAAUUUAUUGGCUUUAUUAUAUGAUUUAGUUUUUAAUAAGAAUAAAUAGACCAUAAGAAUAAAGCAUAAGGUAACUUUUUAAGGAUAUUAACAGAAAAUUAUGAACUGUACAGUAUAUUCUCCAUGAUGAGACCAAAUGGGAGAAAAUAGAUAAUGAAGUUAGAAAAAAGAUUAAGGUGAAUUUUUACAUCUAAUACAACAAAACUACAUGCCCAACAUUGCACAUUUUGUAAGCUUAUGGUUUUUAUUUUAUCAUCCCAUCUGAGAUGAUGAAACUAUAGUAGUUGCCUCAAAGAGGGUAUUUCAGACACGAGGAUUAUGAGUCCAGGUGGUCAUCGGUCAAGUAAA